AUGGUUCCCUACUCCAGCUCUGCUGUUGGAGUGCAAACGAAGCUGCUUGAGAUCGAAACAUUGCCAGCCAACGACAUCACAUCGAAGCUGGUUGCUUUCAGCGCCGACAACACCAACUGCAACUUUGGUGGUUCCGCACGGAACGGAAAGAACAACGUCUUCGCAAGAAUGCAAGACGCCUCAACUCACAAGCUCAUUGGGAUUGGCUGUGAAGCGUACAUAGUCCACAACACCAUUAAGACUGCAGCUGACUGCCUCCCAACUGACAUUGAAGCUGUGAUCGUCAAGAUAUAUUCAUACUUUUACAUCUAUACAGUCAGGGUAGAGUCGUUCAAGGAGUUUUGCGACUUCGCAUCAGUGGAGUACCAGCGGCUCCUAGGCUACAAAAAGUGCCUCUCUUUGAUCAAGACAUUUUUUGAAGAUGCAUGCGGAGAGCUCUGGCUCUACUUCCUGCACAGCCAAGCUGCCAUGUUUCAAGCGACUGUGCUGCAGAUCGAAGGAGACUCGAAGACUGCCAUCGAAGUUCACAAAGUCCUAAACCAGCUGCAGACGAAAGUCCAGGACAGACUUCAGCAGGGAUUUCUGCCGUCAAGCGUGCGCUUCAUGACUACUACGCUUGAGGAACAAGGAGAAGUUCGAAGAGCAUCGGUAACAGAAGAAACAUACAAGAAGGCCAAAAGGAAGGCCACCGAGGGGCUCGAGAACUCGUGCUUGGAAAGCACGGAUGUCGGGGAGCCCGAUGAUGGAGCCACUGGGAAAGACAACACGGCCUACGCUCCUGUGCGUCUCUCAGUGCCCAUUCCACCUACUGGCCUGGGAGGUGCCUGUGCAAGGGCCCCUCCCAAGCGCAGGGCCCCAGACCCUCCAUCCAGGGCCCCAGACCCUCCAUCCAGUAAGGGGUGGUCCAAGGAAAGUCGGGCUCCUACAUCUCCCCUGGCAGAGCGGCAAGCCCCCAGAAGGCGGAAUUUGGAGGCAGCUGAGGUGGUUGAGGCUACCAUGUCCCCCUUCCAGUCGGAGCUUCUGAAGGUGCUCCUGGAUGUGCAGCACGAGGUGCACCUUCUCCGCCAGGACACGGCGCAGGUCCUGGCAAACCAGGAACAGCUGGCAGUGCGCAUCGCUCAGCUUGAGCGUACGAACUGCCCGCCUGAUGCCCCAGUGCCGCCAGCGGUUUUUAUUUUACCGCUGGCGACAAUGGAAGAUUUUGAGGCGGCAGACAGGCGCCUCAUCAACCCUGCUGAUCAGGCUGUCCUGAAGGAGCAGCUCUCCGGCCUGGGUGGCACCACAAUCGCAGAGGCUAUGCGGCGCACCCUGGAGCGGCUCCUACGGAAGCAAGUGCAGAUGCACUUCAGCAUCUGCGGCCGCAGGGGCAACAAGCAGCCGUUCAGGGGCACGCAGCUCUGUGCCGUGGCCGUUGGUAAGGUGUUUUCAUUCCACACCUUCAUUGCUAAUUAAAAAUGAUGGGAACUUUUUUCUUUUAAUUCGUCAGCUGCCAAGAAUCUGAAGAAUUACUG